AUGCCGAGCUCGCAUUCCGUCAUCACUGUGAGGCUCAUCGCAGCUGAAUCACUUUACAAGCGCGACGUUUUCCGUUCGCCUGAUCCGUUUGCCGUUUUAACCGUUGAUGGUGGUCAGACCAAGUCCACCACCGCAGCCAAAAGAACGCUUGCUCCACACUGGAAUGAGUCGUUCGACUUCGAAGUGGGCGACAAUUCGAUACUCGCAAUCAACGUAUUCGAUAAAAAGAAGUUCAACAAGAAAGACCAGGGAUUUCUGGGUGUGGUAAACAUCCGCAUUGACCCGGACUCCCUGGUCCGGGAGCAGACGUACGCAGAGACUCUGAAGAAGUCCAACUCGGAUCUACCUGUUAGCGGAAAGGUCAUUUUGACGGUUGGAAAGAAGAGUCAGGCUGCUGAUCCACGAAAUCCUCUGGCUGCUAGAAGGGCACAGCACAGUGCUUCCAACUCAACUGGCUCUGCCGCGCCAAUUGCGCCACCAUCCGUCCCAGGCGCGUUUCCUGUCACUAGCUCGCAGCCCCAAGCACCAGCCAAUCAUAGGCAGUAUUCUUCGUUUGAAGAUCAGCACGGAAGAUUGCCUCCUGGUUGGGAGAGAAGAACUGAUGACUACGGAAGAACCUAUUACGUUGAUCACAACUCUAGAACCACUACCUGGAAGCGUCCUACAUUGGACCAAUCAGAAGCUGAGAGAGUCAGAGAACGUGAGGAUGUCAGAGAGGCUGAGAGAAGACAAUACCGCAACAGAACUCUUCCUGGCGCCGAUGGAGACUCAUCCAAUGGUUCGAGAUCAGACACUCCCGUCACCGUUCAAUCUACGUCCGCGACCCCUGCAGUCAAUCCAUCUGUCGCCUUGUCGUUAAGUGCUACAGGUGCUACUACAGCUGGCUUGGGCGAAUUGCCUGCUGGUUGGGAACAACGCACAACUCCAGAGGGAAGGCCGUACUUUGUGGAUCACAACACACGUACGACUACCUGGGUUGACCCUAGAAGGCAGCAGUUUGUUAGAUCUCCAGGCCCUGACACUUCAAUCCAACAGCAGCCCGUAUCGCAGAUGGGACCUUUGCCAAGCGGUUGGGAAAUGAGGCUUACAAACACGUCGAGGGUGUACUUUGUAGACCACAACACCAAGACUACGACCUGGGAUGAUCCAAGACUGCCUUCUUCGUUGGACCAGAACGUGCCGCAGUACAAGAGAGAUUUUAGGAGGAAGGUCAUCUAUUUCCGGUCUCAGCCCGCGCUCCGCAUUUUGCCGGGUCAAUGUCACAUCAAGGUUCGUCGUUCAAACCUCUUCGAGGAUGCAUUCCAGGAGAUCAUGAGACAGACUCCAGAAGAUCUCAAGAAGAGAUUGAUGAUCAAGUUCGACGGAGAAGAAGGUCUCGACUAUGGCGGAGUUUCGCGUGAGUUCUUCCAGCUGGUUUCGCAUGAGAUGUUUAACCCAUUCUACUGCCUAUUCCAGUAUGCAACCAUCGACAACUACACUUUGCAGAUCAACCCCAACUCGGGUAUUAACCCUGAGCACUUGAACUAUUUCAAGUUCAUUGGACGUGCGGUCGGUCUUGGUGUUUUCCACCGCCGUUUCUUAGAUGCAUUUUUCGUGGGUGCGAUGUACAAGAUGAUGCUUGGGAAGAAGAUUGUGUUGCAAGAUCUCGAAGGCAUAGACAACGAGAUGUAUAAGUCGUUAACCUGGAUGUUGGAGAAUGACAUAGACAACGUUUUGUUUGAGACGUUCUCUGUCGAGGACGAUAGAUUUGGCGAGCGUGUGACGAUUGACCUUAAACCAAACGGAAGAGAGAUCGAGGUGACGAACGACAACAAGCGCGAGUAUGUUGAACUCAAGACAGAAUGGAUGAUCUCAAAACCAAUCGAGCAGCAAUUUAAGGCAUUCAUGGAUGGUUUCAACGAGCUGAUUCCACAAGAUCUGGUGUCUGUGUUUGACGAAAGAGAGCUUGAAUUGUUGAUCGGUGGUCUCGCCGAGAUCGACGUCGAAGACUGGAAGAAGCAUACCGACUACAGAGGAUACCAGGAGAGUGACGAGGUGAUCCAGUGGUUCUGGAAAUGUAUCACAGAGUGGGAGUCCGAGCAGAGAGCAAGAUUACUGCAGUUCACUACAGGUACUUCUCGUAUCCCAGUCAACGGUUUCAAGGACUUGCAGGGCUCUGAUGGUCCAAGAAGGUUCACCAUUGAGAAGGCGGGAGAGUCUAACCAGCUACCAAAAUCGCAUACUUGUUUCAACAGAGUGGAUCUGCCACCUUACAAGGACUACGAGUCUUUGAGACAGAAGCUAACAAUUGCUGUUGAGGAGACAGUUGGAUUUGGGCAGGAAUAA